CGGGGGCGGAGGCAAGGGGAGAGAUGAGGGAGGAAGUUUUGUAUUGGCUGUACAUGGAGGAGAUGGACUUUUUUUCUGGCAAGCUUUACCGAGAAAUCGACGCGGCCCGGGAGGACGACAUUCGGCGAGCGGCCCAUGGAGAGCCCUCCUACUACGAGGAAGGCUAUGGCGCGAAAGACGAGGAGGGGACACCGCGGCCGACGGUGGUGAGCAAGGGGGUGGUCGGGCCGGAGGGGGAGGUGGAAAAACUGGACGAAUUCCUGUACAGCGACCUGGUGCCGGGGAACGUGACGGCCUUUUUGGAGGGAGCUGGGCAGGGGCAGUCGGUGUUGGAUGACUUUGGCGGCAUCGCCUUGCCCCGGUGA